AUGAUGCCUGCAACCGCCAUGCCUGAUGACAGCAUUUUGGUAAGGAAAGCAGUGGCGGAGCACAACCCUGAUGGAACAAAAUAUGAUGUCAAGCCAAUUUUCCGUGUUGUCGAGGAUGCUCUUAGACGUUCCACCUUGAGUUCUACAGGUCCUGUUAAUCAUGUCGCUGACAGAAGUCACCAUACUGGCUACUCAGGCAUGCCGGAGGCUCUCUCAGCUAAGAUUGAUGAGAUAUCCUGUGAGAUUACAUACAAGAAUAUCAAUUGUGUAGAUGCACGCUCGAGUACAGUAGCAAUACUAGAGAUGCUUACAAUGUACAAUUGGGAUGUGAAGAUAGUGCUGGCCAUAGCUGCUCUUGCCCUGACCUAUGGUGAAUUUUGGCUGCUUGUUCAUAUCCAUGAUACAUACCAGCAUGCCAAAUCAAAGGAAAUUCUGAAGCAGUUACCCAGUUUCACGGAGAAUGUAGACAUGCUGAAACAGAAACCAACGUAUGAUACCCUCAAAGAUGUAGUUAAGGUCAUAUUAGAGGUGACCAGUUGUAUCAUAAAAUUCCAUGAUUUGGAGACUCAAUACAUUCCGCAAGACAUACAAGGCCACGGCAAUGCCUAUAAUUAUGUCCCGGUUGCUUGCUACUGGACUGUCAGAAGUAUUGUGUCCUGCGCAGCUCAGAUUACCAGCCUCAAUGACAACGAGUAUGUUAACACAUCCAAUAAUCAUCCAUGGUCUGUAGAAAUGAUUUCUGAAUCCAGCAAAGAUCAUAAUCUAAAUGAUAUAAUCAAUAUUCAAAACACUGUUUCAGGGCGCUCACAUCCACCGAUUCUUGGGAGCUAUCCACAUUGGCUUCCAAGCUCAAAAACAUAG